GAAACUAAAUGAAGGCCCAAGUAAGGGCCCAUCUGAUGUUUCAUUCUCUUCCACAGGAGUAGCAAAGCGAGCAUUAGGGUUUAGGGUUUUUCACCAUUUCUGCACACAGAAGCAAUGAGAGAAAUAAAGCUAUCACUGACUCCAUCGCAAAAAAUUAGACUACAGAGAGCUCUUCAACAACUCGAAUCGUUUUAUUCGAAUAAGUCUUAUUCCGAUGCUUCCGUCACCGUCGCCGAUACAAUCCCGAUCAGCCUCGAAGACGGCAACAUUCUCAAGGGACAUGGAACUUCGGAGCGCGACGGUGAAGUGGUGGCGACAAUUUGUGGAGUUGUUGAGCGAGUUAAUAUGCUAGUUUAUGUACGCUCUUUACGCGCCAGGUACAAACCUGAGAUUGGAGAUAUUAUCGUGGGGCGAGUUAUUGAGGUUGCACAAAAACGUUGGAAAUUGGAAAUAAACUACAAUCAAGAUGCUGUUUUAAUGCUUUCUUCGAUGAAUUUGCCUGAUGGUAUUCAGAGGCGGCGAACUGCACUGGAUGAACUCAACAUGCGUAAUGUUUUUGAGGAGAAAGAUGUUGUUUGUGCUGAAGUUCGUAAUUUUCAGCAUGAUGGCGGUUUACAACUGCAAGCGAGAAGUCAGAAGUAUGGGAAGCUGGAGAAGGGUCAAUUGCUGACAGUCUCUCCUUAUCUGGUAAAAAGACAAAAGCAGCAUUUCCAUUAUCUGGAGCAAUAUAAUGUUGACUUGAUAGUUGGAUGUAACGGAUUUAUAUGGGUAGGAGAACAUGUCGAUAUCAGAGACAUUAUGAUCGAGGACCAAGUAAACAAUACCGAACACCAAAAUAUUGAAUCGAGUAAGGCAUCUGAAGACGUGCCAAUUGAGACAAGACGGAACAUAUGCUGCAUUGCUAAUGCUGUCCGUGUAUUGUCAACUUUAGGCUUCUGCUUGACAUUGGAUGUGAUUUUGGAGACGAUCAACUUGAGUAGCGCAAAGAAUAUUGGCAUAGAUGAAAUGCUUGGGUCAGAGUUUCAUGUUUUGGUAGCAGAGAAAGAGGCUGAACGUCGGAGUUCAUCAGUAAAAAAGAAAAGAUAAUGGCGAUCUCUCUGAACCUAAAGAGUAUAAAUCUGAUCUCCAAUUUUGAACCAAAGAGUUUUAGAAGUAUUGUAAUUUUUAUAACGAAAGUUGUCAUGUAUAAGCAGUAGGUUGGAAAGUAAAAUUCUAGUCCGAUUGGCAAAUACUGGAGUUAAAUGUUACUAAAUUAUUGACUUUUUAUAAAAUGGUUAUUAGCAUUUCAGUUGUUAUACUUACAGCUGAAGGUUA